AUGAAUUCAGACAACUUUGUAUACGGGCUUUUAUCCCCAAAUACGUCUCAGAAGUAUGCAAAUAUCGAAAAUUACGAAGGAUUUAAUCAGAACAGACAGACAGCUGCGCAGCGUGGAGCUGGAGGAUUGGCAAACUAUCCCUCUGGAAGCAUUGGGGGGCAGAGGCCUGGUGUGCGGCAACACACACCCCGGAACACUGAUGGCACGCCACGGGAGAAACCAACACGCAUAAGCAAGCUCAUAGACCUAUUUUUUGCAGACUACUUCGUCGACAGUUACGAGGACUCUGACAUUGACGAGACACCUAAGUUGAAGAAGCAAGUAGAGGAGUAUAAAGCCCGCGAAGCCAAAUACAUUCAAGAAAUAGACACACUAACGAUUCACAAUAAUGAUCUAGCAACACAGUUAGAGGAGUUUAACGAUAACAACCAUAGCACAGUUGUAACACUAGAGCAACGAAUAGACAGUCUCACUAGUGAAAACGUCAAGAUACGGGAGGAGAUGGACCUGUUGAAGGAGGAGUUGGUGGUACUCAAGAAGUCCUCUAAGUCCACCCGUUAUGCCAUAGAAGACUAUGAGCAGCAGCUAAAGCAGCAGCGGACGAAGAACAACUCUCUCAUAGAGGACUUGGCGUCCGCGCAGGCAGAGGCGUCGAUGCUGAAUGGAAAAAUAGCUGACCUGUCCGCUUCUCUCGCAUAUUCAGAGCAGCAGUGCGCUAAUAUGGCAAAAAAGUUGGCUCAGGAACGAGAAAAUGCAGCGUCAGAACUGUGCGCAGCAAGAACAGACAACGCCAAGCUCCGCAUAGAGUAUGAGCGGGUCCUUACAGAAUUGCAAGAGACGCAUGCUGCACAUCGAGAGCGCAUCAGGCUUUUGGAGGACGACCGAGGGAGAUUGCAAAAUGAGCUGCGAGAAUCUAAAAUUGAUCUCCAGUCAUCCAUCAAGGAAGCAAAUGACUUCAAACGGAAGAGCAUUGCGCUCUCUAUGCCCAUUCCGACUAGAGAGAUGACGAUGGCUCUCACAAACAAGGACGAGGAGAUACACAGGCUUAACCUGACGAUCAGCUCCUUGGAAGAACGCCAUCGCACUACGAUAAAGGAAGUUGAAGCUGCGCAUGAGCUCCUGUCGGCUGAUAUGGUGGCAAAGGAUAAGGCCUUGUUGAAAAGCAAGGCAGAGAUUGCAGGUCUAUCGGAGCAGCUGGAUGCCAUGAUAAAGCACAAGUUGGAAUUGCAAUCUAGAAUCGGUUUUCUGGAGCGUGUUGUAAAGGACAAGGAUGAAGCCAUUGAAUCUAUCCAGGAUAGAGCCGGUGCGGCACAGACCGCCGUGGCCCUCUCCAACGGCCAGCACAGCAUAGAUGUAUCCGCGCUUCGUGCACAGAUAAAGGAAAAGAAUUGUGAGAUUACUCGUCUUCAGGACGAAAUGCGGAACGUGCUUCAGUCAAAGAAUGCUGAGAUCAAUGCCCUCAAGCUAAAUGUAACCACGCUUACGGAGAGGGUGCGGGAGUACAGAGACCGAUUGAUGGAGUCUGGCAGCCCCAGUAGCUCAAAGGUUAACGACCUCAAGCUCCUUCAGGUACUCGGAAAGGAGUCCUCCUCCACACACGAUAGUACGGAGUCGGAGAUUGGCGCGCUGGAGAAGGAGCUCUCCAUCAAGAACAUAUUAAUAAAGAAGAAGGACGAGGACAUAGAUUUCUUCCGUUCACAGCUCGUGCUGAGAGAAGCAGAAAUAGAGCGGCUACUCUCGUCGCAGACGAGCACUUGUAGCAAACAGCCUAGGACCCCCUUGAAGGCCGUGCUGAAGAAAAGCAAGAGCAAGAGCUAA